AGAAAAUUUAUAUAUUUACAAGACUUUUAUUUUCCGUCGGAAGCGGCGUGUCGUCACAUCCGGGCACCGGUUGUUGACAGAGCGCUGAUUCUUUCUGCUGCGGUGCGAACCGAUCGAGAUUACACUGGAUAUGGAGAGCUCAGCAUGGCAUCUCUCCCUGAAACUCAGCGAUAAACCCAAGGAAGUGUUUCAGUUUCCCGACGCUGAACCUGGAGACGUGUGUCCCGGAGGAUAUCAGGUGUCGACGCUCAAGCAGCUGAUCUCAGCGCAGCUGUGCAAUGCGCUGCCCGACCCCGAGCUCAUAGACUUCGUGCACUGCGGCUGCGUGCUGAAGGAUGAGCUCACGCUAGACUCCUACGGGAUCAAGUCUGGGUCGACGCUUCAUAUCAUCAAGAAGACGUGGCCGGAGCCGGAGGUCAAGCCUGAGCCGGUGAACAGAUCUGCUGCUGCCAGAGAGUUCAGGACGCUUCAGGCUGCUCUGCUCUCCAGCGGAGCCUACAGAGACGCGGUACUCACUCAACAUUCGACCUGUCGCUCAUACAUUACAGUUCUGCUGAAAAAUGAAAGUGUGGUUUGGAGGAUCAUCGUGGCCUCGCCGGGGCUCAGCUCGGACCCCGUGGCUUUAGGUGUGCUCCAGGAUAAGGAUCUGUUCGUUCAGUUCACAGACCCCAAGCUGCUGGACAUGCUGAUCCAGUCUCACCCAGCACUGGUCAACGCCAUCAUCCUGGUCCUGCACUCAGUGACCGGCAGCAGCUCCGCACGAAACCCCGCCUCCACGUCCUUCAGUGACAUGCCAGGAGGUUUUCUGUUCGAUGGCAUGUCGGAUGAUGAGGACGAUUACCAAUCUGGGAGCAGAGGCGGAUCACUGAGAGCCCAGCGAGUGCCUGCUGGCUCCAGACCGCUGACGUUUGGUCACAGCGGAGCCACGGGCCCCCGACCCAUCACUCAGAGCGAGCUGGCGUCUGCCCUGGCCUUAGCUAGCACUCCGGAGAGCAGCGGCGUCUCGGCGACACGGAGCGCUCAGGAGGGCUCUUCCAGCGGAGCCUCAGGAGCCCGCGUCAGCAGCAGUCUGCUCAGUCACGCGCUGCAGCAGGCACUACAGGCCUCUGGCGUGAGCUCACCUCAGGGCCGCUGGCAGACGCAGAUGCAGCAGUUGAGGGAUAUGGGCAUCCAGGAUGAGGAAGUGGCUCUGCGAGCGCUGACAGCCACAAACGGAGACCUGCAGGCCGCUCUCGAGCUCAUCUUCUCUGGAGGACGACUCUGAUGUGUGUGUUUGGUCUUUAGAUGCUGUGAAGGGACCAGUUCACUGUCAAACCUUUGCCUUAAAAACAUGCUUUGUUUGUUUCUUACUUUUCAUCUAAAUAAAGUUUAAUUAUAGAGUGCA